CAAAGAUGAAAUAUUGAAUGUUAUACAUGAGUGCAUUUAUGAUUCACAAUACACCCAAGAGUUUGAGGAGAAAUGGCUUGACAUGGUUCAAAGGUUUGCACUUGAAGAGCAUGAUUGGCUUCGGGUGAUGUACAAUGAAAGAACGCGGUGGGUACCAUGUUAUUUAAAGCCAACAUUUUGGGCCGGCAUGUCCACAACUCAACGAAGUGAGAGCAUCAACGCUUUUUUCGAUAAGUUUGUCAAUUCCAAAACCACUCUAAAACAAUUUGUUGAACAAUACGGAUGUGCUUUGCGUGAUAAGGUGGAAAAAGAAUUUCAAGCGGAUACUAGCUCAUUUACCAAAAUGAUUCCAUGUGUGACUAGAUAUCCAAUGGAAAAACAAGUGCAACAAAUUUACACCCUUUCUAAGUUCGCGGAGUUUCAAAGGGAAUUACUUGAAGGAAAGCUUUAUUGUGAUAUCUUUUUAUGUGAAGACGGUAGAAAAUAUACCGUGCAAGAGCAUAUGGAUAUUAAUGGAUUUAGGAAGAUUGUGAACUUCCAUAUUGACUUUGACCCAAAUACUAGUUUUGGAAUAUGUAGUUGUCAUUUGUUUGAGUUUAGGGGCAUGAUAUGUAGACACUUGCUUGUGAUCUUUGUUCGGCUUGAUAUACAUCACUUGCCCGAGGUGUACCUAAUGAGUAGAUGGAGGAAAGGCAUGAAAAGGGCGUACCAACGAGUUAAAAUAAAUUAUGACGGGUGGAUUACAACGGUUGAACAACAACGUUUUGACAAGUUAUGUAAGACCUUUGAGUCUCUUGCCAACAUGGUUGCGGAUGAUGAGGCGAAAUACAAUGAAGUCCUCCUUUGGUUGGAAACCCAGUUGACCACAUAUACUCCUCCAGUUAGCCAUUCUUGUAUUGUUGGCAACAUGACGCCACUUGAAGAUCCAACAACAAAUAUUCGUGCCGAGGUCCCACUUCCACCUAUUGGAGAUCCAAAAUGUACGAAGCGAAAGGGAGCCCCAAGGAAAAACCGGGCCAAGGGUCCAUUAGAAAAGGGGAAGAAGAAAGGAAGGGCUAAGAAGGAUAAUGCACCAGCCACAACCGCAACAAUCCAACAUGGUAAUAGUGAAGGCCCUAGUAAUACUGCAACUAAUGUGCCAAGG